UAAGGAUAGUAUCGCACCAUGAUUUAUUAAUAUCUUUUCCUGUUUUAUUGUUAACAUACCUAGGUUCCUGCCUGGAGGAUUUGGUGAUCCCCUGCUACUAGACACGGAAGCCUGUUAAGCGAAAGCUUCUUCUAUUCCGUCCACAACCAUUUGAACCAUUUGAACCAUUUCUAAGGAGCGGAUGUAAACGCUUGCGUCUCUCAAGGUUGCAUUUGAUCUCGUGUUUUUAUUUAAUCUUCACAUGAAGUUGACAGAUACAUGCAGCAAACUUUAUAAACGCUCUACAACUCAUUUUCCGGACCUUCAAUACUAUAAGUAUGAUUAUCGCAGGACUCCAGUUCUUAAAGAUUCAGUGAUUGGAAAAGGUGAUAGGACAAAAAGAGCUGUCUGUAUCGAAGAAAUGUUAUCAAUGUUAGCUUGCUUGAAAGAAAGUGAUUUUGAUCAACGUCCUUGUACACAAAUGAUAGACACAUUCAAUAAAUGCGUCCAUAUAACGGAGAAUAAGCGGAGAGCAAAUAGGGAUAUGCAAGAGUCAGGAGUCGUAUCGCCUUCUGACAAGUCAGGUAGAUCAUUUGAUCGACUAUCAUCAAAACAAAUUACUGAACUACUAAGACGCUUUCCUGAACCUUAGUAAUAUUUCGGCUCACCGUUUGUACAUUUGUAGUAAACAUUCAUAGCACUGAUUAAUAUAUUUUCUUUUUUUUGUGUAAAAAUAUAACCAUUUAAAUUU